AUGGCGACUCUAAGAGCUGCAGUUGGUGAUCAAGUAACGCGUAGGGAUGAACGAGUCCUUUCUUUCCUACUAAUAUUAAUAUAUGGUCGUUCAUUCAUUUUAUCUACUUUGUUUUCCUUCCUUGUUCUUGGAGAAUGUCAUUCAGGUCAAGAAGGUGAGCUCUCUUCUUCUCAUCACUCUAUACAAAAUCCAGUUACAGCUUGCGAAACUGUGUCUUUGCGCUGGGGAACCACAAAAAUAGCGUUGGAGGAGGUUACAUCCACUAAGUCAGGUACUUGGGACAUGAUUCUAAAUGGAUGUGCCAUGACGACCUGUGGCAGCAUGAGCAUGGCUAUGACGCAUAGGAUCAUCACUAAGCCUAUUGCAAGUAGGACAGCCUUUUCGGCUGCUUAUCGUCUGCCUACUGUCAAGGCUGUUGCAUUUCAGAAAACUAGGAACACGUGGGAUGAGCAAAAAUCCUGUCCUGUGAAAGGAUGUCAGCCAUUACACCUCUCUACGUCAUCAACCACUCUCUUAACUGGAAAUCAUGGUAGCCCGUUACGCACAUCCCCAGUGUCACCUAUGCAACACAGCGUGGCUCACAGAUCUCACAUGGUCCCCAGGGCAUCAUCCAAGGACGUUCCUACCAGUUUUCGAUUCCCUCCAAUGACGAAAAAGCCAAGGUGGUGGUGGAGAAUGAUAGCCUGUCUCCCGUAUCUUAUGCCUCUCCAUGAGACAUGGAUGUAUGCAGAGACAGCUUACCAUCUUCACCCCUUCUUAGAAGAUUUUGAGUUCAUGACAUAUCCCUUCCUUGGAGCCCUUGGAAAGUUGCCCACCUGGUUCUUGAUGGCAUACUUUUUUGUCGCAUAUCUUGGAGUGGUGAGAAAGAAGGAGUGGCCUCAUUUCUUCCGCUUCCAUGUUGUGAUGGGAAUGCUCCUUGAGAUUGCGCUGCAGGUGAUGGGAACAGUGAGCCGUUGGAUGCCUCUUGCUAUAUAUUGGGGGAAAGUAGGCAUGCACGUCUGGACAGCUAUUGCGUUUGCAUUUUUGUUUACUGUGCUCGAGUGCAUUAGAUGCGCUCUAGCAGGCAUGUAUGCUGACGUCCCGUUUGUAUGUGAUGCUGCAUAUAUCCAGAUCCCCUACGACUAAUGACGUGAUAAGGAUGGUGAUAGAAGCAAGUUGUUCUUUUUCUUUACUUUCUUUUAGAUAUCCUGCAAUUCUCAUUUUCCCAGGUUUAGUUAUGUGUAUGAUUACUGGAAACAGGAUGGAAUUCAAUGUGGCCGAUUUUGCUUAGUUUAUGAAAACUUAUUAAUUGGGGCCUUUGCCACUCA